AUGGUGGACUCCAGUGCAUUUUCUUUCUUCUUCCCAAGUAGCUCUUCCUCAAAGUCCGAAAGUCAAGAGCACCCCGCACUACCCCUUCCCCAGCCUGAUCUUUCUGAUCCGUGGCAAUCUGAACAGCAGUCAACGACCAUCAACGAGUUUCUCUCCGAAUGGCACUUGUAUUUCUCCUCUCAACCUUCGCUCCAAUAUGUCCAUUCAGAGAGCCAGCCCUUGCCAUUGCUUUUGGCUGGACAAACGAAUGUUGGCGAGAAUGCAAGCAUGGAACCACAUUUUGACCAGAGGGAAUCAUUCGCCCCCCAGGUUGAACUAGGACAUAUUCCCAUACCAACUCACCUUGGCUUUCCGAACCCCAAUAUUCCUGAUAGCAGUAUGCUACCGUUGCAGCCAUCCGCCUACACCGACUCUUCGUUGAAUAACCCCGAUCCACUGCUCUGCAUCCAACCCUGGCUUUUACACGCCGAUAACACGAACAUAUCGUCACCCCCGAGUGGAAUGUGUGUUUCUCAACACGUACACACGCCUGUUGCCGACUCUCAAACGCUACCCUCCCCAGUGUCUGAGGAUGCUCCUUCUGCCCCGGCUAGUCAUAGCCCCACUCCACGUCCUGCAAAGCGUCGUCGUGACGCGGCCUACGCAGCACCUACGUCGCCUUCUCCUAGGCCAGCUAAAAGGCUCAAAAUCGCAGGCCGCCGCCCAGCCCCGAAAACACAUCACAUAAAGAAUUGGAUCGAGGUAAUUUCGCCGCCGCCGUCAUCGUUUGUAUGCAGGAUAUGUCCCGAGCCCCAAAGUGCAGGGAAAUGUUCAGGGACGAUGGUUACGGAGCGCCAAGCAGUGCGCGACCAUCUCAAGUCCUGCCGACCAGUCGCAAAGUUAAAAGACAUACGGUGCAACUGGGACCUCGGCAACGGAAAGCUCUGUACCAAGACGCUGAGGAGUGAUAGGGAUGUGGAUGGCAAGGGUUCGGACGGCUUGAUCAAGGGUACCGUCACGUUAGGGACUCCUGCAAAGUCUAUCAGCUCAUAA